AUGCUGAAUGGUGUGAAGAACCAAGUCGUGGGCGAUGGGGACUCCUUCCGACUGGUUUCCUCGAUGGCCGAAAAGACGAAUAGGUUAGUGAUGCAAUUCAGGGUAAUCAAGAAACAUAUCAUGAAUUGUAAGUCUGGUCCCGAUUUUGGCCGAAAUCUAGGGGGGCAGAAGGGAACUGACGAGGACGAAGCGCGGAAUCCCUUUGCGGGUGUGCCUGAGGCAGUGGUGAGUGGUAAUAGUCACAGCAUCAGCGACUCAUCGCAAAGUAAUGGCUCAAAAGAAAGAGAAAGAAGGGGGGGAACGCACAAGCGGGCGAGGGCGGACGAGGACGCGCAUGAGGAUGUCGAUGUAAUGCAGGCAGAGGCCCAGCUGAUGGAGGCGCAGGAGAGCCGGGCGUACGCGGCGAUUUCUCGGUCUUCGAAGCGCAAGCGGCUGGAUCUAGCUAUUCCCGGCGCCGAGCAGGAAGUCGCAGACGUGAUGCCUGUAGCGUUAGAGACGGAGGAUAUUUCAGAGGAAGUCCAGCGGCGAUUGAAAAUCAAGGAGGAGCGACGCAAGAAGAGAGAUGCUAAGCCCGAGAAGAGGAAACGGGAUAGCCUUGCGUCGAACGGGAGCGCUUCUGCCUCGUCGCCUGGCGGUGUCGCGAGGCCUAGGAAGAAGAAGGUCAAAACUAUAAUCUGUGCAGAAAGGGAGGGGAGAGCUGCGACGCACCAUUCUCCCUCGCAGACAUCAGGUGGCAAAUUUGGAGGGAGAAAGCGCGACCCAGAGAUUUUGGACGAAAGUCCAUCUACGUCAGAAGUGAGAAAAAGACAGCGAAAAGCUUCCUGA